AUGACAUCCCAUAUUCCUCUCCGCAUCGCUGUCGUUCAGUUCUCUCCCAAGAUAGGUCAGGUUCAGGUCAAUGUGGCAAGAGCGAGAGAACUAUGCCGCCAAUUGAAGCCUAGAUCUAUAGACCUGGUAUGUUUACCAGAAAUGAUCAUGUCUGGUUACAAUUUCCAAGAUGCUCAAGCGAUCUCUCCAUAUCUCGAACAUCCAAAGAAAGGGCCAACCUCUCAAUUUUGCUCAGAAUUAGCUGGUCGACUGAAAUGCUAUGUUUUCGCUGGAUAUCCUGAAAAACUUACGGACGAAGAAGCACCGUUGUCAAAGGAAGAAUCAACAAGCGAAGCUGGAAAUUCGCAAACAGUGGGCGCAAACAGUGCCGUCUUGUAUGGUCCUAACGGAGAAUGGGUUGGACACUAUAGAAAGACGAAUCUGUUUGUCACGGAUAAGAGUUGGGCAAAACCAGGAACAGGCUUCGCCACUUUUCUUCUUCCUUCUCCCUUACGCACUCUUAGCUUUGGUAUCUGCAAUGAUCUCAAUGUUUCUGACUCUGAUAUAUGGACUCCUGAGGAUGGGCCUUAUGAAAUUGCAGACUACGCGCUCUCACAGAACGCAAACAUACUCGUACUUCUUAAUGCAUGGUUAGAUUCUGGAAAGGAAGAGUUUGAAGAUACAGAUUGGGAUACGCUCAAUUACUGGGCAGCACGAUUGAGGCCUCUUUGGGUCAAUAAUCUUGCGGGUCCCAACACUAAUGAAAUUGUCGAAGAAGAUAAUGAGAAUGCGAACGGAAAAGAAAUGAUAGUGGUUGUAUGCAAUAGGACAGGCGAAGAGAACGGAAAGACAUUCGCAGGCUCCUCCGCAAUAUAUAGCAUGCGUCAAGGUUAUGGUCGGCCCAAGCUUCUAGAUAUGAUGGGAAGGAAAGAGGAAGGAGUACGGGUUUGGAACAUUCUCGUAUAA